AUGGCGAAGAGGAAGAAGCCGAUUCGUAAGCCUGAUAUUCUUACUGAUGAUCGGCCUGAGUUUGUUCAACAGAAGGUUGGGCUCGGAUUAGAGGGAGGUGAUGUUGCCGAUCUCGAGCAGGGCAAGGAAGUGCCUAGGUCUGGGUUUGUGCAGGAUGGUUCGAUGGAUCGACAGGGUAAGGAAUCCCAACCUUCUGAGGAGGUGGAUGAUGGAUUGGGUGCCGAGAAGGGCAAUGUCACUUGGGCGGAUAGGAGUGAAGAAAAUGACAGGGUCACGGAAGGGGAUUUCCAGUCUGAAUCACAACUUCACUGGCAACAAUUCUGUUCGAACACGCUUUCUUUUUCUGAACCAAAACUAGAAUUCACUGAACCUCUCUAUAGGAAUGGGCAGAAACUGGCUCAAGUGGAUGUUGAAGAGGUGAGGAUUCAGUCCGCGAAUUGGAGCUCUGCUGUGGUUUGUAUGGUUCUUGGAGCAAAUCCUCCAAUGGCAGUGUUUGAAGGCUUCAUCCAGAGGGUUUGGGAUCAUCUAGGGAUAGCCCAAAUCUCUAGGAUGACUUUGGGGCUUACUUUGGUGAAGUUCAAUGAUGAAGCAACAAGAGACCAUGUUCUUGAGAAUGGUGUUCUUCAAUUUGAUAGGAAACCCAUCAUUAUGAGGCCAUGGACAACAGAUCUUAGUGCGAUUCGCAUGAUUCGCUUGGUUCCGCUGUGGAUUCGGCUUCAUGAUCUUGGUUUGCAAUAUUGGGGGAGUAAGUGUAUCAGUGCUUUGGUUAGCACGUUUGGCAAACCUCUUUUAAUAGAUAAAUUUACCAAGGAGCGCUCUCGUGUUCAGUUUGCGAGGGUGUUGGUAGAGAUGGAAAUUACAGAUAAUCCUCCCCGUAGCUUUCAAUUUAUCAAUGAACAUGGUCAGGUGGUUGAACAAGGAAUAGAGUAUGAGUGGUUACCUACAAAGUGUAAGAGCUACUUUGGUUUUGGGCAUACCACGGCAGAGUGUCGAAAUGACCAAAAGGCAGUUUGGGUGGAGAAAAAAGAUCAUUCUAAUGUUGAGAAACCUUUGGUUAAUCAAGAUUGUUCAGAGGGAGCUAAGGAAGGGAUUACUGGUGAGACAGAGGAGGGGUCUAAACAUACUGAAGAUCUAGAGACAGGCGAGGGUGAUAUGACUCUAUCAGUAAAGACUAAUUCUGGGCUGGUUAUGGAGAGGAACAAGGAAGUGAAUUGGCAAACUCCUAGGCGUGUUAUCUCUCAGAGACAGGGUCACGUUGCUGGUAGUACCUCAAUGUGGCUACUGCGGUUCAAAAACAGAAAAACCAAUUUGGUGUUCUGCAGGAGCAGGAACGGGGUAGUAAGGUUGGGCAUCUUGAUGACAAUUCCUCUAAUGGAUAAGUGCUCUAUUUUGAGUUGGAAUGUUAGGGGACUGAAUAGGGUGAAUAAACAGUGUUCAGUCCAAGAAGUUUUUAGGAAGAAUAAGAUUGGUGUUAGUGGUUUAAUGGAAACUAAAUUACGUGGGAAUAAACUUGAUGAAUUCAUGGAACAUAAAUUCCCUAACUGGGAUUUUUACUCUAGUCCAUUAACUGAGGGUAGACUGUUAAUUCUCUGGCGGAAAGGGAUAGCUAAUUUGAGCAUUUUGGAAGACUCUCCUCAGCUGGUUCAUUGCCAGAUUAAUUGGGUUGGUGACCAAGAUAUUUUCUUUGUCACUUUUGUGUAUGGGUUCAAUUCAGUGGAAAAUAGAAGGAGCCUUUGGCGAGACUUAACUCGCAUUUUGCUUUCAGUCAAAGCUUGGAUGGUUCUAGGGGAUUUUAAUGCUCCUUUUUCAGGAGGAGAUAGGUCUGGAGGAAGUCCUAUAACUAGUUCUGAAUUGGCUGAUCCUAUUGAAUGGAAGAUUAAUGCUAAAACUGAAGCUAUUAAGAGCAUGGGAUCUUUUUUCACUUGGGCAAAUAACCAAGUAGGCUUAGCAAGGAUCUAUUCUAAAAUUUAUCAUGCUUUUAUUAAUGAGGAGUGGCUGGACAUGUUCCCUCAGUGUUUGGCUGUGUUUCAAUGGGAGGUGGUGUCAGAUCAUUGCUCUUGCUUAGUUUCUAACUUCCCUUUGAAGUUUAUGGGGACUAAGUUGUUCAGAUUUUUUAAUUUCUGGACUAAUCACCCUGAUUUCAACCAAUUGGUUUUGAAGAGCUGGAGAGCCCCUGUUAAUGCUGCUGGUUUAAGGGCAAUUUUUACCAGGUUAAUUCGGCUGAAGCACCAGCUUAAGAAGCUUAAUAGGGACUGUUGUGGAGAUGUUGGUUCUGGUUACCAGUUGGCUCUGGAAGCUUUUCAAACAGCCCAGUUAAAAUCUCAAGAGAAUCCUCAAGACUUUCAGUUGCAAGAGGUGGUCAAGGAUAGGGCUUCCAAGUUUCACUAUCAAGAACAUAUUUAUCAUAGCUUCCUUGUCCAGCGAAGUAAAAUCAACUGGAUUAGGAAAGGAGAUGUGAAUUCAUCUUUCUUUCAUGCCUUUUUGGAGAAGAGGAAAGCUGACAAUUCCAUAGUAUCUUAUAUAAAUGAGCAUGGCAUGCUGAUAGAUGAUAUUAAGGAGGUGGUGGACCAUUUUGUUGAACAUUUCAAGAACCAUCUUGGCAGUUUAAGCACGGCUACAGGGACAGUGAAUCUGAACUGUAUAGCUUCAGGCACUAAGCUUUCAGUGGAGCAACAACUCUAUCUCCUUAAACCUUUCUCUGUUAAGGAAAUAAUAGCUGCUAUGUUUAGUAUCCCAAGUAUUAAAUCUCCUGGUCCUGAUGGUUAUGGUUCCGGCUUCUUUAAGUCUAUGUGGAAGGAUAUUGGUCAGGAUAUUUGCUCAGCAAUUAUUCAUGUUUUUUCUACUGGUCAGUUUUCUAAGGAGCGUCAUGAAACAACUUUAUCCCUGAUUCCUAAAGUCUCUAAUCCAGCUAGGGCUUCCGAUUUCAGACCUAUUGCGUGUUGCUCGACCUUGUAUAAGGUCAUGGCUAAGCUGUUAUUUUCUCGGUUGGCAGUGGUGCUUCCCUAUCUCAUUCAAUCUAACCAAGGUGCGUUUGUUCGAGGUAGAUCUAUUGCUCACAAUAUCAUGAUUCUUCAGGAUUUAAUUAAGAAUUAUGGUAGAGCUCUUACUUCUCUUCACUGUGCGAUCAAAAUUGAUCUUAGCAAGGCAUAUGAUACGGUAGAUUGGUAUUUUUUGGAAAAUCUCUUGAAGGCCUACUGUUUUCCAAUGAAGUUUAUUGGCUGGGUAAUGAGUUGCAUCAGGAGUACUUCUUAUUCUUUAUUGAUUAAUGGUCGGGUUCAAAGUAGUUUCAAGGGGGAAAAAGGUCUGCGUCAAGGGGAUCCGAUGUCCCCUAUUCUCUUUGUUCUUAUUAUGGAAUACAUGACCAGAUGUUUGCAACUGGAUGCCAGAUCUCCAUCAUUUCGGUUUCAUCCUAUGUGUAAGAGCCUGAAACUCAUAAACUUGUGUUUUGCAGAUGAUGUAAUUCUGUUUUGCAAAGGCUCAAGUGCGGUUGUUAAUAUUCUUAAGGACUCUCUUAGGAAAUUUAGUGAAGCAUCUGGGUUGUCUAUUAAUACCAAGAAGUCUCAGAUCUAUUUUGGAGGGGUUUCUGCAGAUGUUAAGACUGAGAUAUUACAGGUGCUUCAACUUCCAGCAGGGUCAUUUCCUCUUCAUUAUCUUGGGGUGCCUUUGAGGCCUACCAAAUGGAAGCAUGUGGACUGUGAAAUUAUAAUCCAAAAGAUGAGAACUAAGCUUUUUUCCUGGUCUAGUAAACACCUAUCUUAUGCUGGCCGCUUACUGCUCAUACAAUCUGUUCUAUUUGGUUUGAGAAACUACUGGAUGUCAGUGUUCAUUUUACCUCAAAGCAUAAUAAAGGAGGUUGAGAAGCUAUGUAGACAGUUCCUGUGGGGGGCCUCUGGAACUCCUAGUAAGCUACAUUUAGCUUCUUGGCAUCAAGUUUGCAUGCCUAAGGCUUAUGGAGGGCUUGGGCUAAGGGAUGGAGCUAGCUGGAAUAGAGCACUUCUCGCAAAGAAGAGAUUCAAUGAAGGUGAAGUCUUGGCUGUUGGUAGUUCUGGGAUUUUCAGGCCAUCUAAGCUGUAUAACAGCUCCCUAAACCAGCAUCUUGUAGCCUAUAAAAAUGCAGUCUGGUGUCGUACUACUCUCCCUAAAAACAGAUGCCUCUUCUUCAAUCUUGAAUCUCGACUGCCGCCGUCCAUGUUCGAAGCCACCGUGUCUGUGAGUAAGCCACCACCAUAUGCCUUCUUCAUUAAGUUUGUCAUAUUUGUGUUUGGAUUGCUUGCUUUAGAGGGUUAUAGGUUUUCAGAUUGUUUGGAGGCUUUGGAUAUUUCGGAAUGCCUGGUGGAAUUGAGGUUUCCAAAUUGA